UCCGAGAUUAGAUCCUCCCACAGAGUCGCAGAAACCCCAAGAAUAAUAAUACUUGUACCCUCAGCAGGUCGUUUACUUUGGUGUGUUUUUUCUCACAAAAUGACCAAAUCUAAGGACAAGAGAGAGAAAGUCAGCGUUGCUAGCGAAAUUGAUCGUGUUGAGGAGCGACGGUUGCGAUGUCACGAUAGUAUCGAGAGGGCAGAGUUCAGGCGGCGGCGCGAGGAGCUCUCGGAUCAAGACAGACAAUCGCUGGAGGAUGAAAUGACGAUAAUGAACGAAAGGAUGCAAAAGUAUGAUAAAGAGCUGGAGGUGUUGAGAGGAGAGAACAGGAGGAAUAUGGUGCUCUCUGUUGCUCUAUUGGCCGUCAGUGCUCUCUUCUACUACGCCUUUAUCCACUACUGAAUAAGAAUUAGCUCAUUUUAGCACAGUUGACUGUGUUAUGUUACAUCUUCAUCAGGACCAAAUACUGCUUUGGCAGCUAAAAGCCUUAAUGCAGCCAUUUGUGCGAAUUAUAUGGUGACAUUUCGGGCCUCUUCCCCCCCCCCCCC